AGCAGCUGAAAGCAGGGAAGACUGAGAGUGGGAUCGCAGUCGGCGCUUGAAAGAUCUGCCUCUCUGGUCACACGGCACGAUGGGAGCCAUCAAAAUCUCUCCGGAUUAUAACUGGUUUCGCAGCACAGUUCCCCUAAAAAGGAUCAUUGUGGAUGAUGAUGACAGCAAGGUGUGGUCUCUUUAUGAUGCCGGCCCCCGCAGUGUGCGCUGUCCCAUUAUAUAUCUGCCUCCAGUUAGCGGCACUGCUGAUGUCUUCUUCCAUCAGAUCCUGGCACUGACUGGCUGGGGCUACAGAGUUAUUGCUCUCCAGUACCCUGUUUAUUGGGACCACUUAGAGUUUUGUGAUGGAUUCAGGAAACUACUGGAUGAUUUGCACUUGGAUAAGGUUCAUUUAUUUGGAGCAUCUCUUGGGGGAUUCCUAGCUCAGAAGUUUGCGGAGUACACUCACAAGUCUCCCCGAGUCCAGUCCCUGAUACUCUGUAAUUCAUUCAGUGAUACCUCCAUUUUCAACCAGACCUGGACAGCAAAUAGCUUCUGGCUUAUGCCGGCUUUUAUGCUCAAGAAGAUACUGCUGGGGAAUUUCUCCUCUGGCCCAGUGGAUCCAGUCAUGGCAGAUGCCAUUGAUUUUAUGGUCGACCGGCUUGAAAGCCUAAAUCAGAGUGAACUGGCCUCUCGCCUAACCCUCAACUGUCAGAAUGCUUAUGUGGAACCUCACAAGAUCCGUGACACUGCAGUUACCAUCAUGGAUGUGUUUGAUCAGAGUGCGCUCUCCAUGGAUGCCAAAGAAGAAAUGUACAAGCUGUAUCCCAAUGCCCGCAGGGCCCAUCUGAAAACUGGGGGUAAUUUCCCCUAUCUAUGCAGAAGUGCGGAGGUCAGCCUCUAUGUGCAGAUUCACCUGCGACAAUUUCAUGGUACAAGAUAUGCAGCAAUCGAUCCUGCCAUGGUGUCUGAAGAGGAGUUGGAAGUCCAGAAGAGCUUUCCCCAAACCACUGUGGAGGCAGAGGAAAGUUAAAACUCUACCACUAUACCCUUAAGACUUUACUUCUACUACAUCUCUCCCAGCAGACUUUUACCUCCUGGUGAUGUCUGUCUGACACAGAAGGAAUGACUAUAAACUAUACACAGCAAACCCCACACUCACAACCUCCCAGCAAGAAAGAACUGCACCAACAGCAAAUCGUUUUGGUCUCUAGCAAUACUGGUGGCAAGAAUACGGACCAAUGAAUUACUGUUAAAAAAAAACAACUGACCAAUACUCUUGCUUCUUGGGCAUAAUGAAGCUCUAGCCAGGCUUUAAUUGAUUCUGUACAUUAGAUCACGUGAUCAUGAAAGGGGUAAUGCCUUUCAGUGAUCUUUGUGUGUUAGAGAUUUCAGCCACACAGUGGUUAAUUGAACAAUUCCACAAAUGAAUUCCAUUAUCUGGACUUGCAGUAUUGAAGUGAGUGUCCUAAAGGCCUGUAUCCUUGGACUAGGCUGCUUUUACUACUUGUAAGACCCUCGAUUUUUUUUUUUUUUUUUUUUGCUGCUACACGUCCUCAUUGCUAAUGUAAAACACUUAGGGGCAGAUUUAUCAAAUGUCGACUAGGGAAUAGUCCAAAUUCAAUUUAAAUUUGAAAAAAAAAUAAAAAUUUAUCAUGUCUCUUUAAAAUUCGACUUCGACCAUUCGCCAUCUAAAACCUGCUGAAUUGCUGUUUUAGCCUAUGGGGGACCGCCUAGAACCUUUGGAAUCAAUUGGUGGACUUCAAAGUUUUUUUUUUUGGAAAAUCUAAUUACAUUGAAUGCGUUAUUCUUUCAAUUCGUACGAUUCGAAUUCGGCCGAAUAUGGACCUAUUCACCAAAAAAAAGCUUUGUGGUUGUUCUUUUUGAAUUGAAAAAAGUUCGAAAUUCGACCCUUGAUAAAUAUGCCCCUUAAGGUAAGUACCACUGCAGAUAUUGUAAGGUUGCAUACAAUAGAUUUGAUUUAUGCUUUGCUGCCUGCAUGACAUGGUGAUGAUAAGUCAUUGCUACAAUAAGUAUUAUAGUCGGGAGGUUUAGAUGAUGCAGAAAUCUUGUGCUACUUAUCAGCUACACAAUGGCUACUUUCAUAUUGGAAUCCCUGUUUUUUUUCCCAUUAACAAAACCAGAGCUUCUGUAUAACAGUCUCCAAGUUAUCUGAAUAAUGCAUGAAUGUUGAAUUAGGGCCAAGUGAUGUUUCUUAGUCCUGCUUCAUUCAUCCCAAGAGAACAUUUCUCUCUGCAAAUCACAUGGAAGGUUUUAGUUAGUAAUAGGGGUGCACCAAAUCCACUAUUUUGGAUUCGGCCGAACCCCGAAUCCUUUGCGAAAGAUUUGGCUGAAUACCAAACUGAAUCGGAAUCCUAAGUUGCAUAUGCAAAUUAGAGGUGGGAAGGGGGAAACGAUUUUACUUCCUUGUUUUGUGACAAAUAGUCCCUCCCGCCCCUAAUUUGCAUAUGCAAAUUAGGAUUUGGUUCAACCAGACAGAAGGAUUCGGCCGAAUCUGGAUCCUGCUGAAAAAGGCCGAAUCCCGAACCAAAUCCUGGAUUCGGUGCAUCCCUAGUUAGUAACCCAUUACUGUUACUUCAUGCCCCCUGUGUUGUAUGAUGCAGGCCAAGGAAACCCAGGCUUAAGAUUGGAUUGUAUUAGGAACACUUCAGAAUUCCAUAGGCCCAGUAGGCAUAUGCUAUUCAAUGUGACUUCUCCACCAAAACUGCUGUUACAGGCAACUAUAAAUACAUUAUAUAGUAAAUAAAGGAGCCCUAUUAUUAUAUAUAUAUAUAUAUAUAUAUAUAUAUAUAGUUUUUAUACAGGACAUGGAACUCAGAGUUAACUUAUAAUAUCCUUAUAUUUUGCAACAGGGGGUACUUUAUUUAUUAUAAUACACAAAUUUCAAUGAGUCAUGUAACUGAAAUGACAUCAGAACUCACCGUUUAUAACUGAUGACAUCAGAACUCACCGUUUAUAAGUAUAUAAUUUACAAGAUAUUCAUGGCUUUUGUGUAUUAUAAGGAUAUUAUAAGUCACAGAGUUGUUCCAUGACCAUAUGCUUUUAUUCAGGUCAUGGAACUCCGAGGUAACUUCUAAUAUCCUCAUAUUUUCCAACAAGGGGUAUUUAUUAUAAUACACACGUUUUAGUGAGCCAUGUGACAAAAAUGAUCAGAAAUCACCAUUUAUACUGUAACUGAUGACAUCAGAACUCACCGUUUAUAAGGAUAUCAUUUACAGGAUAUUCGUGGCUUUUGUGUAUUAUCUAUAGAGAGAGAGAGAGAGAGAGAGAGAGAGAGAGAGAAUACACAAAAGCCAUAAAUAUCUUGUAAAUGAUAUCCUCCAAGUGACUAGUCAUGUCAUAAGUUAUAAACAGGGAGCAGCGAUGCCGUUUCUGUCACAUGACUCACUAAAACUUGUGUAUUAUAAUAAAUAAAGUAGCCCUUGUUGGAAAAUAUGAGGAUAUUAGAAGUUACCUCGGAGUUCCAUAACCUGUAUAAAAGCAUAUGGUCAGGGAACAACUCUGUGACUUAUAAUAUCCUUAUAUUGUACAAUAGUAGGUACUUUAUUUACUAGGGGGUACUUUAUUUACUAUAUACAUAUAUAAUGUUUCUGUUCUCUUAUCUGUGUAUCAUGUGCCUUUUCUCCUUUUACAGCUUUGAAUGGCUGCCCCCAUGACUACACGGCAGCAUCAUUAUGUAAAGAAUUAUGUAUAAAAGUGUUGCUGAAACAAACGCACCAUUUUUACCAGUGCAGCACAACAGUACAUGAUAUUUUCUUUAAACGCUUUAAUUUUUUUGGUGUUACUGUUCCUUUAACGGUGAGCACAUUGUGCGGUAAACUAUAUAGCUCUGUGCAGCUGGACAUAACUACAUGUGAUUUAACGAUUGAAGGUCUAAUUUGCCGAGAACCGUUGCAAACUGGGUCAAAAAGUGACUCCUAAAAAAAAACUGUUGCCAUGUUAACUUGUGCUGGGGACAUCUGUGUCCAGGGAAAGACUGUGUUGCUGUAGUGGGGAAUGCAACUAUAGGUGUCAUUUCCUAGUUCCAAGUAUCCUGAAAAAUUACUUUGCAAGCGGUUCAUCAUCUUGGGAUGACAGUAUCCCUUUAAGAGCUAUGGAUAAUCAUCUGUUCAUGUCGGACUAUAGUUUUUUAUAAUUGGUGUAAGGGCCAAGUCAUGGCUGGAGAGAAUCCAACGUUUGAGUGCCUUAUUCAUUUUACUGUCUGUCUGUGCAUUUAGUAGUAUUUCUGCCUCUGUAUAUACUGUACUGUAUAUAUAACAAUGUAGAAAUGUUGUUGGGCCUUUAAUUGUUUUGUGUUUUAUAUUAUAAAGUGCCAAUGAAUAUUAUUUGCUGAAUAAACAGCAGUAUUAUCAUUUGUAUAUUGUUUAAAUAUCCUGUUACUUUGCGUAAGCAAUAACAGAUUUGUUUUCAUCAGACCCAUGUUGUGUUAAACCUUUGAUAAUUUCGAAUAAAAUGAAGCCAAGAUA